CUGGCAUCAUCACUGAUUACACAACCUUAUACAACUGUACCAUACGAAAAUUGCUGAUGUGACGUGUGCGCUAUGUGGUAAUAGAAUCUGUCUAUAUACAUCUGUUAUGCAAACAAAUCAGUCACGUAAUACAAACGGUUGUGAAUUGAUAGCCGUGAAGAUUCAAGGCCAAACAAAAGGAAUGCACAAGUAUUCAAAUCUCGAACUGCACUGCAAAAUUAAGGUUAUCAUGGGAUUGUGGUAGGCAAAUAUGUACAAGUUAGCAAUAUACUGUCAUACUUUACGUUAUGUUCUUCAGAAUACUUUAUACAUAUUCUGAAACAAUGUAUGGAAAUCAAGAGAGAACUGCAAAUCCCAUGUAAUACAACAUUAGUUCAAAUUGCAAUAAUUUAAGAGCAAAGGAUUUGAAAGAACAGAUUUAUCAACUACAGCAAGAUGAAACCAUUAUUUAAAAUAUUAUAUUCACUCUGUUGGAGCAAUGCAUACUUGAUCAUGGGUAUAUGCAUGGGCUUAAGUUUCAGUCUGCUGUUGAUACCAAUUGAUAUUGACAGACAACACGACAUAAUGGAAUCGUUUGAUCAUUCCUUGAAUACUUUGGAAGAUGUAGAUCCUUAUGAGCCGAGGAUAAACACCGAAAGCAAACCGCAACAGGUGCAGAAAACGAGGAAAUCGUUUGUGCGUCCAAGAUAUUACUCGACGGAGCUGGGAAUCAGAGAUAAAUUGUUUGUGGGAAUCAUAACGAGCCGAGAGCAUCUGCACAGUAGAGAUGUAGCGUUGAACAAAACAAUUGCUCACAUAGUAGACAAAAUUCGUUAUUUUAUCUCCAUACCGGAAGGGACCAAGCCAAACGUUUCAUUCCCAGGAAUAGUAGGAUUUACCGACACGAGGACCAUUUUGAAGCCAUUUCAUGCUAUAAAGUACAUCAUUGAUAACUAUUUAGAAAGCUAUGAUUAUUAUUUUCUAAUUAAAGAUGUAAGUUACAUAAAUGCGAGAGGCCUAAAAGAAUUUGUGAAUAAAAUAAGUGUGAGCCAAAAUGUUCACAUAGGUGUUCAAAGUGAAAUCGAUACUUAUUGUUCUCUAGAAUCCGGUAUUCUCCUGAGUAAUUCUGUUAUACAGGAAAUCAAAAACAAUUUGGAUUGGUGUGUGAAGAAUGCAUACUCGGAUUCAGAUGACGUUAAUCUUGGUCGCUGUAUCCUCCAUUCCACCUCUAUGCCUUGCACCAACCGAGUACAAGGGCGAAAUUUCACGUUCACACAAUUAAAACCCACGUUUAAUUUUGAAAAGCAUUUUAUUCGGAUGACCGAGCAAAGCGACUUCCAAAAUUCGCUGUCUGUGUAUCCUAUUUACGACCACAUGCUCAUUUAUAAAUUCAAUAUGUAUUUCGCUGCGAUGAAUUCUAUCAAAGUUCAUAAGCAGAUUACUGAUAUACGCAAGAUGAUUUCUACAGCUGCGCACUUGGGUCCGUCGAAUCAACGUAAUAUAUCGUGGCCCAUUGGAAACCAACCUGGAAAUAGGCCCUUAGGGCGCUUCGACGUGUUGCGCUGGUCGUAUUUCAACGAAUCACACGUUUUCUUUGAGACUGAUUUUAUUAAUAUUCAAGAGCUGAAGGGUGAUACGAAAUCCGACAUCGAUUAUGUAAUAAAUACAGCGGUAAAUAGUAUUAUAAACAAAUACAAUAACAAAUUAAGUUUCCAAAGACUGCUGAACGGCUAUCAAAGAUUUGACGCAUCCAGAGGUAUGGAUUACAUACUCGACGUGGCAUUUAACGAAGUGACCACGGGCCAAGAAGUAAUAAAGCGAAUCGAGAUCUGUAAGCCGCUGGGAAAAGUAGAAAUUAUGCCCGUACCGUACGUGACUGAAAACACGAGAAUUAAUGUAAUCGUCACCAUCGAUCUGAGAAAAAAGCAAGAUGCGUUGAAUUUCAUGGAACACUACGCGCAAGAUUGUAUGGAGAAAAAGUACAAGACUUUUCUCAUGGUGGUUCUUUUGUACAAUUUCGAUUCGCCGUCGAAAGGCAAGGACGAUGUCUUUUACGAAGUGAAAAAAUACAUAUUGAUGCUGAACGAAAAAUAUAAAAAGGAUCAAUCUAAAAUCACUUGGCUUUCAAUACGACUGCCAGUCAAUGUGACUUCUGUGAAUUUGGAUCCGAUGUUACAGAUCGCCGUGACUGAUUUAUGCACGAAGAAAUUCUCAUCGGAAAGUUUGGUUCUUCUUAUUGAAAUGGGAACAAGAUUGAAAGUAGAUUAUUUAAACAGGGUUCGCAUGAACACCAUCAGUCGCUAUCAAGUAUUCAGCCCGAUUCCGUUCAUCGAAUUCCAUCCGGACAUAAUUUACACGAGUGAAGCGCCCCACGAAGAAGUGGACGUCAAUAGCAAUUGCGGGAAAUACGAUGAACAGAACUAUAAUAAUCUCGCGUUUUAUGUCAAAGAUUAUAACGCAAUGCGGCAGACAGUCGAGGCGAGCAUUCCAUUAGUACGAUCUGAUAAGGAUAUUGCUGCAUUGCUGAAACUUUCCGAGCACAGUCCUGUAACUUCUUUGUUUGAGAUGUACGUAUCUUUCAGCGAUAUGCAUAUACUUCGCGCGAUAGAGCCGACGCUAAAGAUAAAAUACAAAGAUGUUAAUUGUGAAGGCGUUUCCAAUGACAAUAUUUAUAAGAGCUGCAUUAAACUUAGGAAUAAUCACUUGGGUAAACGUAGUCAAUUGGCUAGGCUAGUAUUAGAUUUUCAGAGCUAUCAAGUAUAAGAAAGCGUAGAUCGCAGUAUGUAAUUUUUAGAAAAAGAAGAGCUAUUUAUUUUAAUUUACGUGUUAUUUAUGCUAAAAGCUUUAUAUUUUCGUAGAA